AUGAACUCACGAUCAUAUAGGAAUGAAGGAUUUGAAAACGAUGACAAAUAUCUGGUCAGCUUCUCUUCUGGUUCUUCUGGAGACAUAUCUCCAACAACAUCUGCACAAUGUAAUCUUCGAUACAAUGGUUCGAGGUCACAUAUGGUUAUAGAAGUUCCAGCGGCACAAUUAAAAAGAAUAAAGAAAGCCGGGGGAACUGUUUCAGUUGAACGGGAAACUCAACAUUUCUGUGAAACAACUACAAUGCACGGACCAAAAAGAAUAUUCAAAGGAAAACGAUGGGCGACUCUAUUCUGGUUCAUAAUGGUAUCUUGUGCUCUUGGAUUGUUAAUCACUCAGGUUGUAAUUCUUGCCUCAGAAUAUCUUUCUAGUCCUACAGUAUCUGAUGUUUCCUUUCUGAUCAACGAAGAUGGCAUGGACUUUCCACUUGUAACUAUAUGCAAUUUGAAUCCCAUUCGAAAAAGUUACAUCCAUGAAAUCAACAAAACAGGAGAUGUGCAUCCAGAAAUGAUAAAUUAUCUUAUGCAAUGGUUCACUGAAAUCCCUACUCUGCUUGGAAGCUCCGAUAGACAGAAUUUGCACGAAGGAAACGAAGAUCUUCAAAUGUAUCAAAAGAACCAUCCAGAUUUUUCACCUGAAAACUUCUUCACGGAUGCAGGAUUUGAAUGCAAAGAUGUUCUCAAAUUGUGUAGUUUUCAAGGAGAACUAUUCGAUUGCUGUUCCCUGGCUACUCCAGUUUUGACUCCGUUGGGAAAAUGUUAUACAUUGGAUCUCUCAAAAAGUCCAAAAUUAUACAUGCAUAAACAAACAGAACCUGGCAUUCAAGCGGGUUUAGGGAUCACUUUAGAUGCACAUCUCGAAGAGCAAUUCGACGGGGUCAAUGACUCGAUGGAUGCUCUUUUCACGAAUUCUUUUGUAGAUGGAUUCAGAUAUUUCGUCCAUCCACCUAAAACAGUUCCCCAUUUAGCUUCUGACGAAUUCACAGUGUCUCCAAAUUCAGUUGCUUAUUCUGCUAUUUCCGGAGAUAGAUUUGUUCUUUUGCCAUCUCAUCAAUGGGGAAAUUGUACCGAGGAAUAUCCAUCUGAAAUUAAAUCUGAACUACCGUACACUAGUGGAAACUGUUUGGCUCUUUGUAAAGCUAAGUACUUUUUGGACAGCUGUGGAUGCACACCAGCUCUUUACAACAUAGAAAGAAAGUUGAAAGAAUGCACUCCCUAUGAGACUUUCACUUGUAUUGAUACAAAGCUCAGCGACCACAACAACGGAAAACUGGAAUUCAUACCUCCCACUUGUAAACACUGUGCUCAACAAUGCAACAGCUUGGUAUUCCGUGCCUAUAACUCUUAUGGAAGCCAAUUCUCUUCGGGGGCAUUCAAUUGGCUAAGAUCCAAAAAUUCGAAUUGGACCGUCGGACAUAUGAAAGCCAAUUUUCAAAUGAUCAACAUUUUCUACAGAGAUAUGUCAUACACAGAGUAUAAUCAAGUACAGGACGCAUCUAUUACACAACUUCUCAGUGACAUUGGAGGAAAUAUGGGAAUGUUUUUGGGAAUGUCAGUUAUCACAAUCACUGAAAUUUGUCUGUAUUUCUCGAAGGUUUUCUGGAUUGGAAUCUCGAAAAAACGAAGAAAUUACAUGUACUCGAAGAAGAUUAAUGAGAAGACUUAUGAGAAAGAUGUUUGUGAAACAGUAGAGAAAAUGAAAGUUAUCGCUUCUCAUGGAAAUUUAUCAUCUCUCGCUAGUAUGAACGGCGGACCAUCCAUAAAAAAUGUUGAUCAAGCUGGAAAUGUUGAGUUUCGGAUAAAUUUGAAAGAUUUGGCUGAUCAAUUGGAUUCGGAUUCCGGAUGCAGCCCUACGGAAGAAGGCAGAUCUCGAUCAAGUAUACAGAACAUUUUCAUCGGAUAUUCAUAUGGAUGUCUACCGAACUUGACGGGCGGUGGGAGCAGUAGUGGAAGAUGUUGCCCUCCUGGGCCUUCAUGCCCACAAACAAAUCAUUGUUCCGCAAGUUAUGUAUCUCCUCCGGUCUCUGGUCCAACAAGCUACGCAGUUCCUCCUUCUUAUGUCCAACCUCCUCAACAAUAUGCUCAACCACCUCCAGCAGCUGUUCCACCACCUCCUUCUCCGAAGUAUCCAACUCCCGUUCAAUAA